AUGAAAGUCAGAGAAGAUGUCAAUUUAAAGCUCCAAGAACUCAGGGAUUAUAUGAGCGAAGAGAUUGUGAUUGCACAACAAGAUUAUGCAUCUCUUAACCAGAAGGUAGAUAUCAUAGCUGAAGUAGUUACAAAGUUCGUGAAGUUGUAUGACACACUUGGUCCAAAGGGAUGGUGCUUAAAUCGAAUUUGGAGUCCUCUUCAUUGUUUGAAACCCUUGGGGAUAACAUUCACAGGGAAGAAUAAGAAGGGCACUUCAAUGAAAUCUCUGUUUCAAGUUAACGAAAUUGAAAGGUUCACUUUUUCGCAUUACACGAACUUGCUAAUCAGAAUGAAUAACUGUGCGAAGAAUAGUGACAAGGAGAAAGCAGAAACAAAGAAGAUUAUUAAUUUGUAUUAUGAGAUUAGAAGGGUGUUACACGAAGCAACUCAACUGUUCACAACCUAA